AUGAACGCUACCCAGAAGCAUGUAUGUGAGACCAUCACCUCCUCCAUCAACAGCAACGCCAACAGCUCACAUGUCUUUUUGCAAGGUCCAGCUGGCACUGGCAAAACUUUCAUUUACAAUACUCUUUGUCAUUUUGAUAGAAGCCAGGGAAAAAUUGUUCUCUGUGUUGCCUCCUCUGGCAUUGCUGCUUUGCUACUUCCUGGUGGGCGUACGUCGCACUCUCGCUUUGCCAUUCCACUCAACAUCCACGAGCAGUCUGUGUGUGCGAUCAAGAAGAACGAUGACCUUGCUGAUCUCAUUCGAGAGACAGCAUUGAUAAUUUGGGAUGAAGUGCCAAUGCAGCAUCGAUAUUGCUUUGAAGCUCUUGAUAGAACACUGCGAGGCAUCUGCAGUUGUGGUGAACGUGUCCUCUUUGGUGGUAUUCCUGUUGUUCUUGGUGGCGAUUUUGCUCAAAUUUCUCCUGUCGUGAAACAAGGUGGCCGUCCUGAAAUCGUUGCUGCUUCGUUGAUGUCCUCAAGGUUGUUGCCCAGACUACAAAAGCUGAGCCUGACUGAGAAUAUGAGACUUGCCAACUCCAAUGACACAGAUAGGCAAUUUGCAGAUUGGAUAGGAAAAAUGUCGUAUGAACCAUCCAUGAUUGGCAGCAUUGCUUUGCCCUCUUUUUUGAGGCAGAUGACUGAUCUUGAUCAGUUCAUUGAAGAUAUCUAUCCUCAGCAUGUUCUGCAGUGUCCUCUGCAAAAUAGUGAUUUCUUCAAGGAAAGAGCUAUUCUCUGUUCAAAGAACGUCAACGUUGAUGCUAUUAACAGCAAGGUGAUGGAGAACGUGAUUAGGGAAAAGGUCACUCUGUACUCUGCUGACACAGCUCAGCCUGAUCUGACCAACACGGAGACGCAAGCCUAUCCUUCAGAGUACCUACAAACUCUUUCACCUUCAGGGCUGCCGCCAGCAGUUUUGGAGUUGAAAGUAGGUCUUCCUGUCAUGCUCCUAAGAAACAUCAACCCCGAGAGAGGCCUAUGCAAUGAUACAAGGCUUAUUAUACAGCAGAUUGGACAAUAUGUACUGAAGGUUAAAAUUCUUGGAAGAUCAGAUGUAAUAGAGUUGAUUCCUCGCUUUACAUUAUCAACAUUGCCUGGUACAUUGCCAUUUAUUUUGACUAGGAAACAGUUCCCUGUAAAAAUGUCUUUUGCGAUGACAAUCAACAAGUCUCAGGGGCGAUCCCUUAGAAAAGUCGCUGUAGACCUCAGGAGUCCUGUUUUCACACAUGGCCAACUCAAUGUUGCCAUCUCGAGAGCAACAUCUGCAAAUGGUAUCACAGUUCUGCCGCCAGAAAAUGCGACUCGGACGGAGGAUGUAGUAAACCAGAAGUCUUAUAAUAAUAUAACGUAA